AUGCCAGUCGCUGGUUCACCUAUGCGCGACGUCAGGACUAUCCCAGAAACAGUUCCCUCAUCUUCUCACUCAAACGAAGCCUCUCAGGAACAUGUUCAUCUAUCCAAGAAGCCUCGCAACUACAAAUAUUGGUCCGAUGAUGAAGUCAGAAAGAUAUUGAAUUGGCUUACCUUGCCAGAAAACGACGGUAAAUUGGCUAAAAACAAGGCACAGGCAUGUCGUGAAGUAGCGAAAACGUUAUUUGAUGGUGAUGAGUACAUGGCGAUCUCAGUUAGAUCCAAACUGAUGUCUCUUGAAAAGGGAUUUCGAGAGGCUGAACAACUGAGAUUACAGUUGAAUGCAUGUACAAACGAUGAAGCAUUGAUUAAUGAAAAAAUAAAAGAAGUUAGCAAAUUCCACAAGCAAUGUAAACAACUAUUCGGUAACCAGAGAACGGACGGAUGCGUCCCUCCUAUUUCUACCUCGCCGAUUGCGUCUAAUAAUACAUCUAUUCCCACACCUUCUUCUUCAACUAUUCCUUAUUCGCCCAACAGUAGACCUUUGCAUCAUGGAUUUUCAUCACUACCACCAUUACCACAACCACAACACCAAAAUGCCAAUAGUAAAAGUUCAGUAUUACCUCGUCCUGAUUGUGAUUCCCCUUCUUCAUCUUCAUCCCCUUCUACUGCCGCCUACAAUGCAAGCUCAAGCUCAACAGUAUUACCGCAUCUGAACGAGAAUCGCUUAAGAACUCUGUCUACCCCUCUACAUCUCAUGCGAGGAGCAUGGUCUCUUCCGCGCGUUCCAGCGGUAGAUCUACCACCUGUGGAAGAUGAUCCACUUGACAGCAUCAAGAAGAGAAAGUUAAGUCAAGGAAGCAGUGUCAGCAAUAGUAAUUCAACGACAUCUAGCGUCAAAAUUGCAAGAUAUGCUGCUAAAGAAGCGUCCUAUAAAGCAAAACAAGCGGAACAUGAAGCACUAAAAGCAGACUAUGAACGAAGCAAAAUGGAAUACGCUAUUCGACUAGCAGAAAUAGAAUUAAAUCGUGAUGCCCUGUCAAUAAAAAGGCUGGAACUAGAGCUACAGCUCGCUCAAAGUAGAGACAAACCACCGCAUCAACAACCAACACAAUAA